AUGGAACUAUCGUGUGGAAAUAGAAGAAAUAAGAAGCAGUAUACGAGUAAUCCACGUCCCCGGGAUAUCAAAACUGACUCUCUGAGUAAUCCCCGUCCCCGGGAUAUCAAAACUUACUCUCAAAGUAAUCCCCGUCCCCGGGAUAUCAAAACUUACUCUCAAAGUAAUCCCCGUCCUCGGGAUAUCAAAACUUACUCUCAAAAAAAUCCCAGUCCUCGGGAUAUCAAGACCGACUGUUCGAGUAAUCCCCGUCCUCGGGAUAUCAAAACCGACUGUUCGAGUAAUCCCCGUCCUCGGGAUAUCAAAACCGACUCUCAGAGUAAUCCCCGUCCUCGGGAUAUCAAAACCGACUCUCAGAGUAAUCCCCGUCCUCGGGAUAUCAAAACCGACUCUCAGAGUAAUCCCCGUCCUCGGGAUAUCAAAACCGACUCUCAGAGUAAUCCCCGUCCUCGGGAUAUCAAAACCGACUCUCAGAGUAAUCCCCGUCCUCGGGAUAUCAAAACCGACUCUCAGAGUAAUCCCCGUCCUCGGGAUAUCAAAACCGACUCUCAGAGUAAUCCCCGUCCUCGGGAUAUCAAAACCGACUCUCAGAGUAAUCCCCGUCCUCGGGAUAUCAAAACCGACUCUCAGAGUAAUCCCCGUCCUCGGGAUAUCAAAACCGACUCUCAGAGUAAUCCCCGUCCUCGGGAUAUCAAAACCGACUCUCAGAGUAAUCCCCGUCCUCGGGAUAUCAAAACCGACUCUCAAAGUAAUCCCCGUCCUCGGGAUAUCAAAACCGACUCUCAGAGUAAUCCCCGUCCUCGGGAUAUCAAAACCGACUCUCAGAGUAAUCCCCGUCCUCGGGAUAUCAAAACCGACUCUCAAAGUAAUCCCCGUCCUCGGGAUAUCAAAACUGACACUCAGAGAAAUCCCCGUCCUCGGAAUAUCAAAACUGACACUCAGAGUAAUCGCCGUCCUCGGAAUAUCAAACCUGACUCUCAGAGUAAUCCCCAUCCUUGGGAUAUCAAAACUGACAAUCAGAGUAAUCCCCGUCCUCGGGAUAGCAAAACUGACACUCAGAGUAAUCGCCGUCCUCGGGAUAUCAAACCUGACUCUCAAAGUAAUCCCCAUCCUUGGGAUAUCAAAACUGACAAUCAGAGUAAUCCCCGUCCUCGGGAUAUCAAAACUGACUCUCAGAGUAGUCGCCGUCCUCGGGAUAUCAAGACCCCUGCCAGGGGAAUGAGGGGUAGGACAUAUUAA